GCGUCCCAAGAUGGCGUCGUGGCUGCCGGAGACUCUGUUCGAAAUUGUAGGACAAGGCCCGGCGCCGAGUAAAGACUAUUACCAGAUAUUGGUCAAACGAUCUCAGGUCAUCUUUAGGUGGUGGAAGAUUUCUCUAAGGAGUGAGCAUCGAUCAGCACAACCUGGAGAAGUAAAAGAAACCCAUGAAGACUUCCUAGAGAACUCACAUCUUCAAGUUCAAAUUGCCUUAAUAUUUGGUGAAAGAGUAUUAGACUAUAUCUUCAAUUUGUGUGAAGGUAAAUUUGACUUCCUUGAACGGCUCUCAGACAAUUUGCUCCUGAGUAUCAUAUCUUAUCUGGAUCUUGAAGAUAUUGCCAGGCUUUCUCAAACAUCACGCAGAUUUGCAAAGUUAUGCAUGUGUGAGAAACUGUGGGAGCAGAUAGUCAAGUCGUCCUGCGACACCAUCACUCCGGACAUGCAGGCCCUGGCAGAGGACAUGGGCUGGAGAAAGAUGUUCUUCACCAACAAGCUCCAGCUCCAGCAGCAGCUCUGCAAGGGGAAGCAAAACCACGGGAACCACAUAGAGAAGGAAUUUUAGGGGACAUUUUCCUGCUAGCAGGGGACUGAGGCAUGGCUGUGUUUCUCCUCCAUGUCCAAAUCUCUUCUGUCUCCUUGACAACUCAGAAGUUUUGCUGAUUCAGGGAGCCAUUCGAA